AUGAUCAACGAGCUGUUGAACGGAAUUAAAGUUGUGAAAUUGUACGCUUGGGAACAGCCAAUGGAGGCGGCAAUAACGGAAAUAAGGCGACGUGAAGUGGUGUUAAUCAGAAAGGCGGCACUUACUAAAUCGCUCUGCAGCAUCAUCAACAUGUCUUCGCCUUUCCUCGUAGCACUGUUCUCUUUCGCAACGUUCACACUCAGCAGCCCUCAGAAUGUUAUCACUCCGCAGAUUGCGUUCGUCUCAUUGACAUUAUUCAAUCAACUUCGAGCCCCAAUGAUACUGUUAACUGAUUUAAUCAGUCAGGCUGUUCAGGUUAUCAAUUAA